UUCCAGUUGAUGAUGCAUCGUGCUAGUCUCCGGCAUCGAUCGCAGACAACCACGGAUCGCGGAGCCACUCAAAUUCAAGGUCCACUCCGUUCGCUUGAGAUGGGCUGCCCGGUGCCAGUGAGAUGCGAUGCUUGACACAGCUUGACAACCACCACCGAAGCACAGCUCGAACUGUGUCGCCCUGUUCAACCGUCUCGUCCUCCCAUUUGCUAAACCCCGAGCUGCUCGGUACCUGUUCCUUGGGUUCAACUUGGCGGCUUUCCCAGACUCUGUGCUUCCCGAGCUGCCGUCGUGCCAUAGCCAGUUGGUGAAGUAGUUGCACAACUUGCCUCCUACUAUGGCUCCCGAUACUAGUAUAUGUCCAGCGAUGCCAUCAUCAGCCACCCAUUGUUCCUGUUUCCUCUGACUGCAAUCUCCCUGUCUUGUUCAACAGUGUUGCGCUGUUCGUUGUCGACGUGUUCUGUUACAUAUUGUCGGCCACUCCUGUCCACUCGUUGAUCGUCCAGUCGAGGCUUCCUUCACCACCCAUUGCUCGCCUACAUCUCAGUAAGCGCCCGGCCCCCGACAGCCUGGCUCUCUCCCCCGUCGGCCCUGCAAUCACCAUCAUCAAGCGCCUGGUCACGCCUUUUCCUCCCAUUGGGUCUCUUUCCAUGUUCAACACUGUUCCUGAAUACUCGGCCAAUUUCUCAAACACACGGAACACUCCGAAACUCAACUCUCGGAGCCGACACCACGCAUCAACUGAGGUUUCAAAUCUUGACCUUACAGCGAGUUGCUAUGCUGGGUGCAGCAGAUGUGCCCAAACAUGACAACUUGACUGAUCAUGCUCGUCAAUGGACGCUGUGAUGCAAGCGUCAGUUUCACCAGCUCAGCAGAAAUAGCAUCUGAUCGGAGCAUUCCACUGCCUGACGUCGGCAGAUCGUGGCACCAUUCAUUGAUUGACAACAAGACCCGGGACUAUAUUGACCUGGAAAACACCCUCCCUCAACGGCAGCCUGCUGCCAGACAUCCUGUCCUGUCCCAAUAACAGGCCUGGAGCCUGGUCAUUGGGCUUGCGCCUGUCAUCGUCAUUGUCCUCGUGGGCUCGUUUUUCUUGCUUUUCGUCGUCGUUCUGAUUGGCAUUUCAUUGUGCUUUUCCUCUUUCUUUAUUCACCAAAAGUAUUCUCCCUGAAGAGGAACAGCCAGCUGAACGGGCAUAUAAAAGUUGUGUGUGUUUUGCUGCCAGAUUACCUAAUCCAGUGACUGCCACACCCAAAAUGGCACCAACAACACUCGUCACUUUCCUAGUUCGAACUCCCGCCUCCACCAGGUCAGUCGACCUCUACGGUUCCUGGGACAACUUCUCCGCUCCGUAUCCCAUGCAACGGGAUGCGCGCACGGGCCCUGAGCACUGGUCAGGCUGUCAUAGCUUCGCCAACAUCAUAUGCGACGGCGACCUGCAAUCGCCCGCCGUUCCCCGGGAAGGAGGGCUCAAGAUGGGUGGCACCUAUUGGUAUUAUUACAAACUGAACGACGACAUUGAAUACCAUAAUCCAGCUGAGCCGUCAACCACCGCCUGUCCAUUGCUGCCCGGCCAGCUUGUUAAUGUUCUGAACGUGCCUCUGGCCCUGUCCAGCAGCCGACCACGUAACGACAGUGUCAGUUCGACCAGCUCCGAGUUUCGCACGAUGGAUCCCACCGACAAGUUCAUGAACCCACGCCCUGUGCCGGCGAAGCCCGCGUUGCCGCGCCUGAACACAUCGCCCACACUGCCUCAGAACUCCUGGUCUUCCUCCAGCUCACCCAUGAGUACUGUUUCGUCUAGCAGAGGAGGUUCGGCAUCCUCUAGAGGCCCGCCAAACUCAAGCAGCUCCAAGACGUUAAGGGUUAUGCGGGUGACCAAGAAAGCGUCCUUCCACAGGCCGAGCAGGUCCACGUCCAGGGAGAGUCACCGCUCUAUCGGGAUCAUUGGCGCCUUUCGAGCCCUGACCUCUCCUCGAACGGCGAGCCUGGACGCCAUCACUGACCGUGGCCGUACAACCACCGCAUCGCACGAUCUCGUGCUCGAUGUCGCACGCGGCUCGUCGAAAGAUAGUGCCACGUCCAAGAACUCUGCUAUUAUGCAGCCGCCACCCACUGUGCACGUUGUGGGUGCUUCUCCGUCCGGCCCAUCCAGGACACUUGCUCUUCGAAGAGAAUUCGAUGAUGUAGGAGAUGAUGUGAUCUUCACGCUGCCAUCAUUUGGGCACCAUCGUCGGCAACGGUCGACAUCCCGGGAACUAUCAUCCCUACGCAACUCUCUUUCCCUAGAAGAGUCCCCAGUGGAUGAUUUUCGUCACGACAUAUGCACACCCCAACAGCGCUUGGGAACACUCAAAGAAGUCGCCUCGAACAACGCUACACCUGUGUGGCCAGUGACCGCCCUGAGGAUUGAAAGUGUCAAGUUAUCUCUCGAGAAGCUGGCGCCCCCAGACUUGGGAAAACGCCUGCCGACGCUACCCAACACGCCUUCCUCGGCGUAUCCACCCAGUGCAGCGGACGAUUCGCCACCAUUGCGUCUUGGGGCCGAUAUCGAGGCCCUCGGGAGCCGUUUCUCCAGCACCACGAUUGACACUGAAUCCUGCACGGACAGCUAUAUCCACAAUGAACAAAGUCGUUUCUCUGACUGGACAUGCAGUACUACAAAGCGGUCGCCGCGGUCAGCGUAUGCUCCCAGCAUUUGCACCGACUUUGACAUGGCAAGUCCUCUGGCUGAAAUAGAUAUGGACUCUGCAAGGAUGAGCGCCAUCAAUGUGAUACGAGAGGCUACGCAUCAGCAAGGCCGCGAAAGGCGACAUAGCAGUGGAUCGGCACACAUGGCCGAUGAGGGUCUACCGUCAGCCCUCAGCUUUUCGACCGUCAGCUCCAUGGCUUCCUCCAACACACCAACGUCUGGCAACAUGGAUUUUGAUGGUGAUACGGAUGCCGAAUUGUCAUGGGCCGACUUUCAGCAUUACAGUCUUCCGAAUGAGAUGGGUGUCGAACCUGGAGUUGCGACCAAGCUCACUUCAGACAGCCAUUAUGUAGCGCCUCUGGUGGUGGAUGAUCACCAUGAUCGCGUCAAGGGAGUGUUCCAGCCUCACCCUCACCCUCACCCUCAACCCAAUAUCCGAACGGACCUCGAUGGUGCCGCUUUACCUCAUUCCACCUGUAUGCAACAGCUCCUUGACGAGUUGAGUUAUCUUAGCGGCAUGAUCCAGCAGACCUGAGCGUUUCAAAGGGAAGCGAGUGUACUGUUUUUUGCGAGCACACGAUCUGGUCGCCACGCUCUCCAUAUUCUUGAUGAAUCACAAAAUUACGAAGCCAGCUUGAUGCUGUUUUUUGGUUCUCAUUACUUCCAUUACAGGACGGCAAUGGCCGUUCACACCUGGUUCGGGCCUGGCGCCCGUCGUGGAUCAACUGAACACCUUGAAUUAUAUCAUAUCCUACCUUCAGCACCGUACACUGUAUCAGACAGGAGGCGAUUUUGAGAUUUUGGGACUUUGGGAUGAUAGCCCUUUCGGAGUAAUGAAAUGAGAGCCCAGGACUUGAAAGUUUUAGGUGAUACGAAUCUUGGUUUUAUAGGGGACAAAAUAAUUAAGAGAUUACCAUACCUACUUACUAUGUACCUAGUAGUACAUUCAGUGUUUGAACGCGGGCCACGAGUUGGUAACGGUGAGACAACGUCACAAGGUGCAUUCCAAACGACGUUCGCCUUGUGGCCAACGAUAACAACUAGAACGCAAGGCCUACUGAAGUGAUCA